AUGCAGCUUCGUGUGCUAUUUGAUAAACUGUUGAAGAAACAGUACGUUUGUUGGGUGUGUUUAGAUUCGGAGUGUGAUAAAGAUGAAUGGAUUGUUCACGAAUGUGGGUGCAACUUACAAGUUCAUCGAAAGUGUCUUAUAGGAUGGAUAUUUGACUUGAAUAAGUCUAAGCUAGGUAGCUACUACACUUAUGAUACGUAUAAGAUCAAUACUGCUGAGGAAGUUUCCAGACGAAUGUGUUACCUUAUUGAUAAACACAGAGACAUGGGAAGAGAGGUCGGGUUUGCUGAAACGGUACAAAUGAUACCUGUAGUAGGGCAAACAUGGGCUAGUUUUAUAUGUGUUGGAGAUUUAAUGUUCAGGGCUUUUGCUCGUCUAAGUGCACCUGAUAGUUCCUUUUCUUACGACGAUCUUUGGAGGGGUCUACCACAAGACAUUCCACCUUGUCCUCAAUGCAAACAGAAGUUAUUGAAAACAACGUCAGCGUUACAAUAUAGAUCGAAAUCUGUUAUCUUGAGUCUGUUUGCCUUAGGUCGUAAUGUUACGAGAUAUACAGCAACAUUGCUAACUCUCCAUAGUUAUUUCUUCAAUCCAGUGAAGUCUCUUUUUAAGGUUGGGCUAUGGCAACUACGAACUCUCUUUUCGGAAUCCUCUUUAAGAAAGCUUCUAGAUAUUUCAAAUACCAAAGCCUUGGAUGUUUAUGCUGACUCCUUCAAAGGUUUGCUUUCACUUUCGUCUCACAAGCUGUGCAGUAUAAUCGGUUUCCCAAUCUAUCUGUUUAUGGUCAACGGGAAUGGAAACAUGCCUAUAAUCAUUAAAAUUGGGUUCCCAUACUUCUUUCUUCAAUAUGCUCAGGGACAAAGACUUCUAAGAAACUCUAUCACUUGCCAUAGCAUAGCAUUAGGGCUCCAUAACCUUCUUGUACGCCCCUUGAUAAACAAAAUUCACAAUGUAUGGAUACAAGAAACCAAGCCAUACUUCCUUUCGAAACAAAUCCUUCAACAAAGCAGACCGUCAGAAGACUCAACUGGAAGUUUGAUUCAGGGGAAUGUUGAGGCCUCUGAUUUGAUUAUAAGAUCUCAAUGGUAUGACUCUCUCGUUGCUGCCCUCGCUUGGCCUUUCAUAUGCAAAUGGUUGGGCCAAAAACUAUUUGCCUACUGUCCUCAGAUAAAUGCGUGGCUGCUCAACAAGUACCCUAAUUCAACUCCAGAUGAGUGUACUAUGGCACAUAGCUUGAUAUGCAGUGUUAUACUCUACAUCAGUUAUGGAUUUGUAAAAUUAGGCAUAACUUACUUGCGGAUGAAAGAGAUAAAGGAAGUUCAGAGUAUAGUUAGAUUAUCAAAUGAACCACAAGCUGAACCUGAUGCGACAAUAAUUGAAUGA